AUGCCCUUUGCACAGCUCGUCAUAGGCCCGCCGGGCUCGGGCAAGUCGACGUACUGCGAUGGCAUGCAGCAGUUCAUGGGCGCCAUCGAGCGCAAGUGCUCUGUCGUCAACCUCGACCCCGCCAACGAUCACACCUCGUACCAGCCCGCCGUAGACGUUCGGGACCUGGUCACGAUAGACGAGAUCAUGGAGCAAGAGACUCUGGGUCCGAACGGAGGUAUUCUGUUUGCACUCGAGGAGCUGGAACACAACUUCGACUGGCUAGAAGAGAGCCUGAAGGAACUAGGAGAUGACUACAUCCUCUUCGACUGCCCCGGCCAGGUCGAGCUCUUCACACACCACGGCUCGCUUCGCAACAUCUUCUUCCGCCUACAAAAACUUGGGUAUCGACUCGUCGUCGUCCACCUGACCGACUCGAUCAUCCUCUCGCGACCGUCGCUCUACGUUUCCUCCCUCCUGCUCGCCCUGCGCAGCAUGCUGCAGAUGGACCUGCCUCACCUGAAUGUUCUCACCAAGAUCGAUAACCUCCGCAACUACCCCAAUCUUCCCUUCAAUCUCGACUACUACACCGAAGUCCAGGAUCUACAAUACCUACUGCCGCACCUCAACCGCGAACAGACGUCCGGCAUUCCGGGCCCCACCAUAGCCGGCGCAAACGAGGACGUGGAUCCGGACGACGACGAACCGACCUCAAAGUUCUCCGCGCUGAACAAAGCUAUCGUAGAACUCGUCGAGGACUUUGCGCUGGUAGGCUUCGAGACACUGGCGGUUGAGGAUAAGAAGAGCAUGAUGACGCUACUGCGGGCUAUCGAUCGUGCAGGUGGCUUCGCGAUGGGUGGAAUAGAGGGCGCAAAUGACACAGUGUGGCAAAUGGCCAUGCGCGAGAACGGGGCGACUAUGGACGCUCGCGAUGUACAGGAGAGGUGGCUGGACAGGCGGGACGAGCUCGAUGAAGAAGAGAGGAAGGCAUGGGAAGAUGAGACCAAAGAGAUGCGCGACCCACCACCACAGAACCCUCCCCAAGCACCGCCUGCCGCGAAACCACCUACAAAGCCCAAGGAUCAAGAUAGUGACGACGAUAUGGACGAUCUUGAGGAGAUGCGACAGUUCAUGGAGAAGAAGGACUCAGGCAUCAAUGUAGUUAGGAAGUGA